AUGCAACGUCUAACUUUUUCCAUUCUUACCAUUAUCCUUUGUUUAAUGGGUAUCACACCUUUUGUACCAGGCACUGAAGCAUUCGAGAUUCUAAUCAUGCCACUCUUUGGAAAUAACGUUGAUGUUUGUAGUGUUUGGAUGGAAGAUUCGAAUCAUAAUCUCAUAACCUAUAUACCUCAAGGUCUAAAUCAUCAUGAUGAUUAUAUUAAAUUCUAUUGUGGAGGUCAUAUGCCCCAAUAUGGUGAUUCAGGAGUAAUUCCUAAAAAUGACGUUAUAACUUUGCAAACUUUAGAUAGUACUACAACAUAUCGAAUUUAUUUUCGUAUCCAACAAGGUACUCCUUAUUUUUAUUAUAUUGAUAAAUAUUAUACAAGUGAUGCAUGUUUGGUAUUUAUGGGUUAUGACUACAAUUCUUGGGAUGUUAAAGAAUUAGGUUACAAUGAAUGUAAAUUCCUAAGAGAUGGAAGACCUAAUCAAAGUGCUGAUAAAAGUGUUUUAACAAGUGCUGUAAAUACUGUUGCUGUAAAAAGUGUUGGAAAAAAAUGA